GCGGGCGGCUCCUGAGGAGAAAAGUGCCCCGGCGAGGCGAGCGAGAGGACGCGGCUCUCUAGGCCGGACUGGCAGCCUCGUCCUGCCGGUGGAGAGAUGGCGUUCGUGCUGCUGGCGCGCUGCGGCCGGGGCGCCUGCUCCGUCCCCAAGCGCCUGCGCUGGGAGCCCGAGGCCGGUCAUUUGGAAAACCGUGCUUGUUUUAGCUGUGCAUCCCUGAGGCUAAUAAAUCAUACGACUGUUCAUUUGAAAUAUUGCACUAGUGCCUCUCCUGUUUAUGUUUGCUUUGCAAAAGGGGAUUACAAUCGGACUGAAGGAUCAGGACAAAGGCACUUUACAGCUUUGAGAUCGUUUGACCUGUGGUCACCAACUGCUAAUGGAGGUGUUUUGGGGCCAUGUUAUCUUCCAGUACGACAGUGGCAUUCUUCACAACCCUGUUAUGAUGACUCCGUGGUAGAAAAGUCGCUUAAGUCUCUCAAGGAUAAAAAUAAGAAACUGGAAGAAGGGGGCCCAAUUUAUAGUCCAACAGUAGAAGAAGGCAUAGUUAAAAGAUCUAUUGGACAGAGAAUUGUUGAUGAACUGAAGCACUACUAUCAUGGCUUUCGAUUGUUGUGGAUUGAUACAAAAAUUGCUGCAAGGAUGCUCUGGAGAAUUCUUCAUGGCAACACUUUAUCCCGCCGAGAACGGAGACAGUUCCUUCGGAUAUGUGCUGAUCUAUUUCGGUUGGUCCCUUUCCUAGUCUUUCUUGUUGUUCCUUUCAUGGAAUUCCUGCUUCCCGUAGCUUUAAAGCUGUUCCCCGGUAUGCUCCCUUCAACAUUUGAGACAAAGUCUAAGAAGGAAGAGAGAUUGAAGAAAGAGCUUAGAGUGAAGCUUGAACUGGCUAAAUUUCUUCAAGAUACCAUUGAAGAGAUUGCCUUAAAGAAUAAAGCAGCCAAAGGGAAUGCUACUAAAGACUUUUCCACCUUCUUUCAAAAGAUCCGUGCAACUGGUGAAAGACCAAGCAAUGAAGAAAUUUUACGAUUCUCUAAACUAUUUGAAGAUGAGCUAACCCUUGAUAAUCUCACAAGACCUCAGUUGGUUGCUCUCUGUAAACUGUUAGAACUUCAGUCAAUGGGGACAAAUAAUUUUCUUCGUUUCCAGCUAAUAAUGAGGUUGAGAUCUAUAAAAGCAGAUGAUAAACUGAUCGCUGAGGAAAAUGUGGAUAGCCUGACGGUUAAAGAGCUACAAGCAGCAUGUCGUGCAAGAGGCAUGAGAGCACUUGGCGUAACAGAAGACCGUUUGAAGGAUCAGCUUAAGCAGUGGUUAGACUUGCAUCUGAACCAGGAAAUCCCAACUUCACUGCUUAUUUUAUCCAGAGCUAUGUACCUUCCAGAUACUCUUUCACCAGCUGACCAGCUUAAAACAACCCUGCAAACACUACCUGAAAGUGUGGCCAAAGAAGCUCAAGUUAAAGCGGCAGAAUUGGAAGGAGAAAAAGUGGACAAUAAAGCCAGACUGGAGGCAACCCUUCAGGAGGAAGAAGCUAUUAGGAAAGAAAACCAAGAAAAAGAAUUGGAAAGGCUGUCAGAAGCUGCUGAGAAGGCCAAAGAGACUCUUCAGGUUGCUGAGAGGGAGGUGGAUGCAAUAGAUCUUGAUACUUCAGCUGUGCAUAUAAAGGAAAGCAAGAUAGCUGUGGAUACCGAACAAGAACUGGCAAAGGUGGACUUGACCCUGCAUUCAGAGACUUUGAAAGAUACAGCACCAGUACUGGAGGGUAUCAAGGGUGAAGAAAUAACCAAAGAAGAGAUUGACUUGCUAAGUGAUGCUUGUAGUAAACUGAAGGAACAAAAGAAGUCACUAACAAAGGAAAAGGGGGAGCUUGAGGAGCUCAGAGAUGAUGUGCAGGAAUAUAGUGAGGAUUUGCAAGAGAUCAAGGAGUUGUCUAAGGAGGGAGAGGAAGAAAUAGUUGAAGAGUCUAAAGCAAGCAAGAGAUUGACUAAAAGAGUGAACCACAUGAUUGGACAGAUUGACAAAAUUAUCACUGAGUUGGAGACAGAACAGAAAGUGGUGGAUGGACAGCUGGACAGUAGUGCUAGCCCUCCCAUUGGGUUGUGUUUCCCAUUUAGGGAGAAUAUCAUCAGUAUCAAUGAGCUUAUCCAUGUGAUGAGACAGAUUCAGAAGAUACCAGAAAGCAAACUAAACAGGCUUGCCCAAGCACUAGAUGAAAAUAGAGAUGGGAAGAUUGACAUAGAUGAUCUUUCCAAGGUGGUAGAACUGAUCGACAAAGAAGAUAUUGAUAUUUCUACUAACCAAGUAGCAGAGAUCAUGUCACUGUUGCAGAAAGAGGAAAAACUAGAAGAAAAGGAGAAAAUUAAAGAAAAGGCUGAGAAGGAAGCUCUAGAAGUCAAGAAUUAGUGAAUUAGUGUUCAGUUUGAUUCCAAGGCUGAAUGAAGUGGAACAUCUUAUGUUACCUUGUCCAGCACCUCCUAUUUGUGAGGUGAUGAACAUUAUUGAUCUAUAGGUUAAUCAGGAAAUAAUAAGAAGUUGGGUAGGCAGAAUGAAACUUCCCUUAUCAAACAUGGGCAGUUUAUCAUUCCAGGAAGAUGAGAGCAGUCUUGGUCUUUAAAUAAUGUAUUCCUCCUUGUGGAAUUUUGUGCACUCUUUGGUAUUCUGUAGUGAUUCAGUACAUUUUAUUGUCCCCAGAUCAUGAUACAAAUUAGGAAUUUCCUUGCAUUGUGUAAGGAAUUGACUCUUUUUUUUUGUUAAAUAAUAUUACGUAUACUUGGCA